UCUCUAAUUGUAUUUCUUUCCGAUUUUGAGUAAGAGCCGCUGACAACGUUUAAGACACCACGCUGGAAAAACGAGAGUGCGUCUCACAUUCGCCACCAGAUGGUGGUGCUUUCAAGUGGAGCGGCGCUGGAAGAAACGGUAUUUUUUUGGUGUUUAUUGAGCUGUUUACCAGCAGACAGGAGCCAUGGCCGUAUGGUCUCUGUUUACAGUGGUCUUGCUAGCUUGGAUGGUGCACCGCAGCCGCGGCUACGUGAUCGUUAACUCCGUGUCCUGGGCUGUCACGAACCAGGAGGGGACGGUGUCCACCGAGGACGAGGAGGAGGACGGGGAAGUCCUGCCCAACCGGCUGUUCCAGAGCGGCAGCAACGGCGGCAGCAUCUGGAAAGCCCCUUACCCCGCCGCCGUCUACCAGCCGCAGCCACAGCAGCAGGACGACAGUGGAGAGCCCCGCGCCGUGGCAAAACUGCAGAGUCACAAAGAAGCGCACGGUUUCCCCUCCAGGAUGUUCUCCUACCGCAGAGAUGCACUGAGUGUGAAGGGGUUCGGACAGACACCCUCCGAGCCGCCUCAUCGGAGGAGAGCACGGAUCGCACGCCACCUGCUUCAGUCCAGUAACUGGGGCUUCCUGGCCACUCUCUCCAGCCUGGAAAAGAUCAAAGGUCUGCCUUUUGGAAACAUUUUUUUGAUUAGUGACGGCUCCGCAGACAACAGUACUGGUAUUCCAUUCUUCUACAUCAGUCAAGCAGACAGAACAGUUGCAGAUCUGAUGACCAGUCCCAGUGCUUCUCUGACAUUGUCAGAAACUGAGCCGAAUUACUGCAGGCAAAAUCCCAUUAACAACGAGGAUCCGAGAUGUAGCAAGCUGACUGUUACAGGCCAAAUGGUGACUGUGUCCUCUGACGAAACUGAAUUCGCAAAACAAGCCCUCUUUUCAAGACAUCCAGUGAUGAAGAAGUGGUCUCAAGAUCAUAAUUGGUUCUUUAUGAAAAUGAAUAUUCAACAAGUAUGGCUCCAGAACUGGUUUGGAGGGGUUACCAUAAUCCCAGUAGAAGAUUAUUUCAAAGCCAACCCAAUGAGGAUUGAAUAGGUUUUAAAAGAGGACACAGAAAAGAAUAAAAUAUUGUUUACAGUUUUUUGUGGGUGCCCGUUUUGUAUCUUCAGGGUGGAAAUCCUCUAUUCCAUUCUGGGCAUACUGGUUGGGUAUCAAAGGAACAAGAUAUUUAUUACUAUCAAGGGCAGCAUUGAUUGUCCAUCCCUAAUUUCCCUUGUGAAAAGAGUAAUGAACCUUCUUAAACCCCUGUGUAGUUCAGAUGGUGAAGGUACUACCAUGGUCUUGUUGUUCAGAAAUUCUGGGAACUGGGAGGAGAUACAGCAACUUUGCAUCUUCUCCUAGCAGUAUUUAUUGCUUACUCCGUUACUAAUUGCAUUGAUGUGCUAUCAUGUGCUGCAAGGAACGGGUAACUACACUUCAAUUCUGUAGUUGAUUUUGUCCAUAAACCAAAAAAUACACAAAAAUUGUGUUAAGAUGCUUUUAAGAUGCUUUGAAAGUGCUUACACAAAAAUAUUGUGGUUUGGAACUGCUCAUUAUUUUAACAAAAUCCUGCGAACGUUCUGUGGGAUUUCAAGUUUGCUUUUCUGCCGUGAGAUUAACCCAUGACAGUAUGCAGCUUCCAGAAUUUAAUUACAGAAUAUUAUGGCCUGAGUUAUUUAUUCUGCAUUAGUAUAUAUCAGUAUAUAUUAACCAUACUGCUUGCUUGAAUUAAACUUUCAGGGAAGUACAUUAGUUUGUUGUAGCAUUUUAUGAUUGUUUGUUAUCAAGUGUCAUGGAUUUUGAUAUAAUAUUGUAACAGAAUGGUAUUUGAUCCCAGUAAUGUAUUUGCAUGUCAUAUGUUCAAAAGCUAUGAUGUGUAGAACAGGUACAGACAAGAAAGUGUUUUGUAAUGAGCUUGGUAUUUGUUAAGACAUUUAAAGGUUUGUGCAAGCAGACAUCCAGUGAUGAAGAAAUGGCCUCCAGCGGUUUCUGUGUACUGUGUGGCCAUGGUAUGAAGCCCUCGCCUAAAAUCAUUUUAAAUGUGCAGGAUGCUUUUGACUCAUCUACCUUUUGGGUACAGCUGCUAUGUUGAAUAAUCUGUGGUGAUUCACUUAAUUUGUAAUAGAACAAUGUUUUACAUUUGGCAGUCUUAUAAAAUGUAUUACGUAACGUUUCAUACAAAAACUUGCACAAUUUGCUUUCUUGGAAUAUGUGAAAAAUACAUGAAGAGCUUUCUGGGCCUAAAUAAUGGUUAAAACAUUAUUGAAAUGAGUUAAUUUCUUUUCCCUGUGUUCUUUAAAAGUUAACUAAACCAUCUAAGUUAAUUAUUAAUUAUUAAUAUUGACAUUUUCAAGUUACAACAGUGAAAUUUUGUGAGAAUGUUGCAGUUUCUUUUGUCCGUGGAUUUGUGACUCAUUCUUCUUCUCUGCUAUGACUCUGUCUCUCCACCUAGAUUCUUUUUCAAAACCUCGCCCUUUGACAAGCCACUUCCAGCCAUGUUGCCUUCAAUUCCUUCAUGUCUCUAUGUAACACUUUAAAAGUUUUUCUUUGAUUAAAGGCACUGUAAAAAUACAUUAUUAUAGCUCCUGUUGAUACAGUUAAUAUUGAAAAAUUGUAGUACACCACUUUAAAGCACUUUCUUUCGAGAUACAACUUGAAAUGUUUGGAGAUUUCCAAAGAGUAGAUUCUUAGGUGAAUUUCAGUGAGAAAUGGAUGUUACAUACACAUGAAAUAUGCUAGUGAAAUGUUGCUAGGUGUUUAUAAAACCAAAUGGACUGUAUGGGCUACAUUAACACAUCUGAAUCAUUUAAAAAAAGUAUAUUGCCACCAAUUAGUCAUUGGAGACAGUAAUUGAUCUACUAAUGGACUUAGUGACAAAAUAACCCAGAAUAUUAUUGAUUUUGUGGCUAAGAAAGAGCUGUAUGUUUAACAUAUAUUUAAUGUACACUCCUCUAUCCCUGAAUAUGGGGAAGCAAUGUUUCUAUAAUCAUUCUUAAUAUAUAGCCUAUAUUUCUCAAACCAGUUUCCCCAUACAGAACAUAAUGAUCUAAAUGCUCCCACUAUAGGGAUAGGGAUUGAGAAAUUAGUUUCAUUGAUACAAGUGCAAGAAACCAAGGCACGACUAUCUGCUACUUUUCAUGGUCUCUCAAAUUUUCAAUGCACAAUCCCAAAGUUCUACUUCUGUUACUUAACACUACCAAUGGUAUCCAAUGCUUUCUUGUAUUAACACUGUUCCUUUGAGUGGCAUUGCUAGAGCUCCAAUUACCAGCACAGGCAAAGAAAAGUUUCAUGACGCAACUAACCAGCUAAAGGCUACAGAAGAAACAAAUGCUUCAAUGUAAAAAUAUGACAGUAUCUCUAAAUUCAUGGUGUUUCAAGAACACUGCAUCUCUGAUACUGGGAGUUCAACUGAAUUGCGCUACUGUGCCACUGUGAAACAACAACAAAAUACUUCAAGAGGACACUAUGUAAUCACUUGUUCUUAAACCAAAUACAGUAUAUAACAAAAAGAGAAAUUAUCUUUAUCAGUUAUGAAUUCAUGGUUGAGUAAAAGUUAAUUUCUUCUUACCCAACAGUCAUUGCUUUCUUGUAUAGAGAUUUGUGUGGAAAACAAUUAUGAAUUAGUAGUGCACAUGUAAAGCAGAAUAAAAUGCAACUUAAGAAAUGUUAAACUCAAUAAAUAAGAA